UACAGGCAAAGUACUGGAAACAGAGAAACACGUUUGACGGAGCUAAAUUGCUGUUUUCAGAUCAUUUGCCACUUACGCGGUACUUCAAUAGACAGAUAGCCAUGGACAUCCUGAAGGGGAGCCUGGAAGAGAUCUCAAGGCCAGCGUCCAGUGCCAGGUCUCGGCCGGGCAGUCGUGCCUCUAAUAUGUUAGUGCAGGACAGACUGAGGGUCAGCGUUGCUUGCCUGGGCUCUCUUGAGGUUCUGACCGCUGAAUCAGGAGGAUCGCAGGAUCGUUCUUCUGAUUUGGAGGACCUCCUCUGUCCCCCUGGAUCUUCGGCUGACUUUUCUGGGGAUGAACUGAGUUGUGAGUCUGAGGGAGCUAAUCCUAUCAGCACACAGAAAACAGAACCCCCCAAGAGACAACUGCACUUGUUAUCUGAAGAGAAAGUCAGCUGUAUUUUACAAGGUGUGCAGAAUCCCAGUUCAAACACAGAACACAAUUCCAGCUCAGCCGACUCGCAAGACAACGAUGAAAUCAAAGGCAGUGGUUCUUCAAAACCCGACGGAUCGGAUGAAGAAAAUAAAGACCCUCGGCUGCAAGAAGCCAUUCAGAAAAUGAAAAAGCUGGACAAAAUACUGGCUUCUAAAGUGUCCAGAGAGAGAGAAAUAAAGAAACAAGGGAAAGAACUGAGGAUACAAUUAUGGGAAGAACUGCAGAGUACAAAGCAUGAAGGGCUUUCGGAGAGUCAUGAUGAACUUGAAAACACCAGGAGGUUUCUGUCUUUGACUCCUACUUAUGCCUCUGCUGCCAUUGAAGACGUGCAUUUUGUACCUCUAUUUGACACCCAAAUUCCUGCUGAAGAAUAUAAGAGUGAUUUCAGUCAGACUGAGGAAGAUGAUCAGAGUGAAAGCACCAAUACGUCAAAGACAAGUCGAGACACAGACCAAACAGAUCAAUCAGCCAACAGACAACGUGGAGUUAACAAGAGCAAGAAAAAACAAGACUUUGUGAAGAAAAACAUUGAGUUGGCUAAGGAUGCUGGGAAUGCAGUGCUCAUGACAGAUGAUGAGAAGAGAAGGCUGGCAGAACUACUGAAAGACAUUGGCGAGGAUGGAAGCACCAAUCUUCCAAGCGAUGAGGGCAAUCCGUCUCAGUGGGCUGUCUCCCUGACUCCAGGAGAAGGAUACACACCAGAACCCAGUGAACUGCAUCAUCUGACUGAAAUCGACUCCAAGCUUCAAGCUCUCCUGUCUGCGGAGGACUACUCGGCUCUGCACAGCCCUUACUCCAGCUGCAGGCAGCUUCAGGAGUGCUUGGCCAGUUCAGACAAUAAGGAGACGCUUCCAGGAGAGAAGGUCCUGCUGGACACGAAGGAGAGUAGAGGGUACGAGACGAGACUGAGAGAGAUUGAGCAACAGCUGGGACAUCUGGACACAGAACUACAGAGUGCUUUGGAAAGACCAUCUUUAACUGAAAACCAGUUAAAAAGCCUGUUGGAGGAAUGCAUGCAAGCACAGAACAGAACUGGCAGUGUAAGUCUAACAGAAGAUCCAUCCACAAGACCUCAGUCCAGUGCAUCAAGUGUCUCCUGUCUCGUAGUGCCUGCGACCCCGUCUACAGUGCACAGUACACCAAGGCUUGUGUCUGCAACCCCCUCUACAGUACACAGCACACCAAGGCUCUCUGACUCCAUGCUCUCUCUGCUGCUGGAGGAGGCAGGCUGGUCUAGGACUUCCACAGCCCGAGAGGGAGAGCAGAACGGGGAGAGGGGAGCAGAGCACCUGCAGGACGGGAGCAGCCUGUCAGAGAAACUGCUGACAGAGUUAGAUGGGAAGGAGGCUGGCAGUGCUGCUGCUGAUGGCUCCUACAUGGCCCAAGCUCUCAGGAGAACAGGAGUGAAGAGGCCUCCUUUCCUGGACGACCCGUCUUACACCAGCAGUGACUCUGUAGACAGACCGACAGAUGAAGCAGACAUUUCAGCCGAGACAGGUGCAGAAACAGAAGAAGGUCCAGUUUAACUAAUCUCUUGUUUGACGGCUGUGGAACCAGUCAUUCCUGCACUGUGUUCCUGUCAGUCUUAAAUAUAAACAAAUGUAAAUAAAAUAGUAAUCUUUGCUUAAUCUGUAUCUACGUUACUGACAAAAAGAAACAAUUAUAAUGAUGCAAUUUUAACAUAACACAAAAGACAUUGACAAAGACUUGGCGUUGUUUGGUUUAUUUUUAUUACUACUGUUAUCAUGGUUGAGUCUUUAAAUGGCUUAUUAUAGCUAAUGGCUCAAUUCCAAGUCUUACCUGUAGUGCACUUCGUUGCGCUAUAUAGACUAUGGAAAAUAUGUAUUUCCUUUUAAAAUACUAUACCUGGUACCAUACUCGGUGAAAGAAGUGUCUCAGUGUGUUGUUGCUUAUUUCCAAGAAAGAUGGAGUUGAAAGUGGGGACAAUUUCACUCUCGAGGUAAAAUAACCUAGGAAGUGCAUGGUUACCUGAAAGUAAGGCACGUAAACCAAUGCUUUCUGUAACCGGCUGUGGUCCCAGGCACCAUUUUUAAAAGCCCUCUUUCAAAACUGCAUGUGUGAGACCUAGGAUACUUAGUGAAUGGAAGUGCAUGAGAAGUAAAAACUAUUCAAUUGGUUAGAAACUACAGAUAAAUUACUUGUGUUUGAACCUGGAGUCUGGAAAAUUGUAUUUGUUAUGAGGUUAAAGCUUUGGUUAUACGGUUUUUACAUUGAUGCUGCAAAAUAAAAAAAAAUAAAAAAAAUGUCCCGUGAUCUCCUCUCUUAAUGUAAUCCCUGAUGCGGGUGCUUUGCUGGAGUUUUUUGAAGAAUUGUUUUUUCGCUAGACCUGCGUGAUUAUUUGGAGUAAUGACUUGCUAAGGUAUGCAGAACUCUCUUGAUGCUCUUGAGAUAACAUCACAUUGUGAAGUCUUCUGUAGAACUGUGCCCUAAUUAAGAACACACCUGUUUCGUGCUUUAAUUUUUUUUUUUAUAUAUAUAUCAACUGCUCAUAGAAUAGUUGCAUGCUUGUGUUUUCAGCUGGCAUUCAAAGCAAAUUUUGUUACCUUGUUAAAAUAACAAGGUUUUCUCUGAUACAUUGUAAUGUCUGUUAUAAAUGUAUUGCUGUUUUGUUAUGCUGCUUUUAUCUAUAUCCAAGACAAUGGUCAAAUAAAAUGUAUGCAUCGGUAAGCAAAUGAAAUAUUCCUAUUAAUUCUGCAUCACUAGUAGAGAUGAGCAAAAGUUUAAAAAUGUUUAAAAAAAAUUUUUAAAUCAAAAUUCAAAGAUAUUAAUUAAAUGUAUAUGUCUAGUAAUUCAUUAUAAUUCAAAGGAAAUGCCUAUCCCGUUUUGUAAUUCUAAUUUGCAGAUGGCCCUGUAAUCAUUUAUUCUGCCAACUCUUUCUCAAUGAUUUAAAAAGCUCUCAGUAAGUGAGAACCAUUGCACAUCCACUCAGAUUUGUUAGGAAAGAGAUGAUUUACAGAAGAAAAGUACAUGUGUAAAUGUUACUAUUCUAAUACAACAAACGUUAACAAGAAUUAAGGAGUGCAAAAUGAUCAUUUACCAUACCUUACUGUGUUUUAAAUACAAAAUCCCUUUGUGAUUGACAGACAAACCAGAUCCGGUUUUCUGUUACAAACAUUACUUUGAUUAACCUGUUUGUUUUAACAUCCAGUGUCCUGAACUGCACUUUAGCUCUCAUAAAACGUCGUACAAGACAAUAUAUAUGAUCUCUUUUAUUAAAAACUAACUUUACAUAUGGCUUGUCUUUUUUAAUUUAAUGAAGCAAUUAGUGCAAAGGGUCAGAAACCGUAACGGCACACCACACUGGUCUUUACAGCCUUACCCCUGUAACCUGAGUGAUCGUCAGAAGCCAAUCUCUGAGAUCCGGUUCACGGCAUUAAAGUAACAGGGUGGAGGCUGGGCACGAACCGGCAACUCUGCACACCGCGAGCAAGCGUCUUAACAACUGUGAUGCACUGCCCUUCCGGAUUGUGAGAUAAGGUUAAACGCUCAAUAAUCACGAAGGCAGGAGAGCCUGGCUCUUCUGCACAGUGGUUAAGACGCUUGCUUGUGGUGUGUGUAGUCGCAGGUUAGCUCCCAGGCCUCCGCCCUGUUACACAAGUCGUCCAUAACCUCACCCUAUUUUAAUGAUCUGCCUGGAAACAUAUUCAGGUCCACUACUGCAGAUCACAUGAAUUGAUCCCUGCUACUGCAUUACAGGUCAAUGAUAAUUGCUGUUUUGCUUUUGUUUGUGAUGAUCAGCUGCCAGUUACCACGUCUGAGAAUCACAACGUGUUUGAGUGCAAAAUCCCAGGAAACACCACGUAUCCA